CUAUUUCUUUAUACAUCCAUCAAGAUGGCCAACUACUCCGAGAAGGAACCCUUGUUGGGAGACCGCAACAGGCAGCUUGCUGCGGAUAACGAGAUCUCGACAAAUAAUUGUCCUAGUUUCUCAAGUCUUUUGUCCAAGCCAUUCCAAUGUCUUCCUCAGCUUACCAAACAGUUGAGGGAGACCUACGUAGAGGAUGACAAUGAAGCCAUUAUCAACUACUCAGACGAUGACGACCCUUUGCCGGAAUUGCCAUACACGAUUACUCCUAUCACGUUGGCUCCUUCUUCUCUUUCGCAGAAGGAUAAACUUACAGAGUUGAGAAAGUAUAUGAAGCAGUACAACAUCGGAGUCUACCUCAUUCCUUCCGAGGACGAACACCAGUCUGAGUACACGGCUUUGGCAGAUAAAAGAAGAGAAUACAUCACCGGUUUCACGGGAAGUGCUGGGAUUGCCGUUGUCACUUUAGACGAUCCUGUUGCCUUAACUGGAGAAGCCGCUCUUUCCACAGAUGGCCGUUAUUUCUUGCAGGCGGAAAAGCAGCUCGACAAACGGUACUGGAAAUUGUUGAAACAAGGACUAGCUACUAAUCCCACAUGGAACAAAUUCGCAAUCGAAAAAGCCAUUAAAAACAAGUUCUCAAAGGUUAUUUCAUGUGACCCUAGAGUACUUAGCCUUACUAUUGGAGAUUACUUCAAACGAGUCAGACUUUUGAACUACCAAAGCAGAUUUGAGUUUAGUCCCUUGUUUGAAGUUAACUUGGUCGAUUUAGUUUGGAAGAAGGAAAAGCCUACUAGAUCCUUGGAUCCCGUGUACCAUUUGGUGCUUCAGUUCUCCGGUGAAGAUACCAACAGCAAGGUGAGUAAAAUCAGAGAAACAUUGCGUUCAGAAAAAUUCCAAAGCACCCAUCUUGUUGUCACAGCCUUGGAUGAUGUUGCUUGGUUGUUCAACUUGAGGUCGGACAAUGAUGUUCCCUUCACUCCUGUAUUCUUUGCGUAUGCUAUCGUUUCUCUAAAAGAUAUAACUUUGUACAUUAACAAGACAAAGAUUGACAAUUCUCCUGUGGAGACUCGUCAAUACUUGAAGAGCAUCAAGGGCCUACAGAUCAAAGACUAUGAUGAAUUCUACGAAGACGUUUCUAAAUUAAAGACUACGAUCGACAAUCCAGAUCUUGCGAUUGUUUUGCCAAAUAAGGAAUCCACUACUUUUGCAUUAUUCGACUCCAUCCCACAGUCCGUCGGGAAACAGAACAUUAAGCAUGAAUCUAUUAUUGCUAACACAAAGAUUUUCAAGAAUAAAACCGAGCUCUUUAACGCUAAAAUAGCCCAGUACAAGGAUUCCUUGGCUUUCAUACUAUUUGCAUCAUGGUUGGAUCAUCAGCUUGUGAACAAGAAGGCCAGACUAUCUGAGUAUGAUGCUGCUUGCAAAAUUUACUCUAUUAGAGAAAAAUUGCCCAAUUUCAAAGGCUUAUCUUAUGAGACUAUAUCUUCAACUGGAGCCAAUGCUGCUAUUAUUCAUUAUGCUCCUACUAAAGAAGAAAAUGCUAUAAUCGAUGCAAAGAAGAUCUACCUCAUUGACUCUGGGGCUCAUUAUUUAGAAGGAACUACUGAUAUAACUAGAACGUAUAAGUUUGGUUUCGAAGGUUUAACUGACCGAUACAAAAAGUUCUAUACUUUGGUUUUAAAGGGGCAUCUUUCGGUUGCCAUGGCUAAGUUUCCUCCUCAUUCUACUGGAACAGGAACAAUUCUAGAUGCAUAUGCCAGACAACCAUUAUGGAAUGAAGGUUUCGAUUUCAAUCACGGUACUGGUCAUGGAGUGGGAGCUUUUGGAAAUGUCCAUGAAGGUCCUUUAUCCAUCCUGACUACUGCUGGAGGCCCAACUUCGCUAGACUUAUACAGAAAGGGAGGAAUACUCACUGAUGAACCUGGUUUCUACAUAGAUGGAGAGGUUGGCUUCAGAAUCGAGAGUGAAUUGGAAAUCAUCGAAUGUGACGAUGUAGUGGGUAAAACAAGAAACGGUGAAAACUUCCUUGGCUUUGGCUACCUCACGAAAGUACCUUUUUGCAGAAAAUUGAUAGAGACAUCGUUGUUGUCUCCUGUGGAAAUCAACUGGAUCAAUGAAUAUCACAAAAGUGUUAGGGAAGACUUUGCUGACAAGCUACUCGAGAUGGGCGAUAAGAGAGCUUACUUGUGGUUGGUCAAAGAGACUCAACCCUUUUAAUUAAUACGAAUAUAAUACAUUUGGUGCAUCCUCAAGGAUACGCUAUACGAAUUAGUUACACAAUAAAACAGAAUUGAAAGUUGUA